UCCGGUGCAUUUGGCAGCCGAGAGAUGUUCAACAAAUGGCAGGCCCAACGUUGGUGGGCCGAGAAUUCUGAAAAGGUAAUGGAACUGUACAAUGUCCAGAGGCUGAACCCAAACGCUUUCCCGCCUAGAUCUGAAGAUGGGUCCGAAUGCAGCCCGGUGACUCCCCCACUUGCCAGGGAGCGUCCAAUCGGGUAUUCGUCGUCGGAUUUGUCGGAUAUUCAGUCGACUCACUCAGGGACAGGGACAUCAGAGGCCAGCUCGUCCAGGGAUUUGGAGACUAAUCAAUGGGUCGAGGAAGAUCAGCCCGGAGUCUAUAUUACCAUUAUGUCCCUGCCCGAUGGCACAAGGGAAAUCAAGCGCGUCAGGUUCAGCUCGAAGAGCUUCGAUCAAAACCCCCUCCUUUUUGCUGAUACCUUUCGAAAUUCAGCUGCAAAAUUACACGAACAACUCCAAUCGCAUAGUGGUUCCGAUAGGGAUUUUCAUUGCCAACCUGAAUUUUUUGCCAUGAGUUUUCUUUUCGGAAAGAGGAAGACCCCCGCAGAGCUUCUGCGUGAAAAUAAGAGAAUGCUUGAUAAAUCCAUCCGUGAAAUAGAGAGGGAGAGGCAGGGUUUACAGACACAAGAAAAGAAACUUAUUGCAGAGAUAAAGAAAAGCGCGAAGCAAGGACAGAUGGGAGCUGUUAAGGUGAUGGCAAAAGAUCUUAUCAGAACACGACAUCAGAUUGAAAAGUUUUAUAAGCUGAAGUCUCAACUUCAAGGUGUAUCACUCAGAAUCCAGACAUUGAAAUCAACACAAGCAAUGGGGGAGGCCAUGAAAGGCGUCACCAAGGCAAUGGGGCAGAUGAAUAGGCAGAUGAACCUUCCAUCACUCCAGAAGAUAAUGCAAGAAUUCGAGAGACAGAAUGAGAAGAUGGAGCUGACGAGUGAGGUUAUGGCAGAUGCCAUUGAUGAUGCUUUGGAAGGAGACGAAGAAGAAGAAGAAACUGAAGAAUUGGUGAAUCAGGUUCUUGAUGAGAUAGGCAUUGACAUCAACUCUGAGCUUGUCAAUGCACCUUCUUCGGCUGUAGCUGCCCCAGCUUCAAAGAAUAAGGUUCCACAAGCUGAGAUAACGGGAAAUGAUGAUGGUGGAAUAGACAGUGACCUCCAAGCCAGCCUGUUUGGUUUGGUACAGCUUAAAUUUCUUCAAUAUAUGGAUUCUUUGUAUGCUUUAGUGUUGAAAUAUGCGGGGUUGAAGACUGGAUUGAGAAACUGGACUACAAUCUCGAACCUCUUCUGA